GCCGUGUAUGAGGGAGCCUGGCAGGAAGAGAGACAGAGCAUGCUCCGCUUCCUGCCUGGACCCGGCUGAGGCUCGUAUGUGACCUGUGACAUUCUGCUGAAGACAUGAUUGAUAUAAAGGCCUGGGCCGAGUACAUAGUAGAAUGGGCUGCCAAGGACCCAUAUGGUUUCCUUACAACGGUGAUCCUGGCCCUCACCCCGCUCUUCAUCGCAAGUGCAGUGCUCUCCUGGAAGCUGGCUAAAAUGAUUGAGGUCAAAGAGCGGGAACAGAAGAAGAAGCAGAAAAGACAAGAAAACAUUGCAAAAGCAAAGAGAACAAAGAAAGAUUGAGCGGAACGGGCUGGCAACAUUAAAAACUGUUUAAAAACUAAGACGCUUUUUAUACAUAUUAUUUUCUUCUAAUGAUUGUGGAAUGUCUGACCAAUUUGGAUACUCUUAGCAGCGUUUUAAACACUUGUCACUGCAGAAAUAUCCUGUUAUCUUUUCUCCUGAAUACUAAUGACAUGAUUUAAUGGUCUUUUUUUUAAUUCCUUGUGCGUUUACUGUUCAGCUGCGUUGGCUUUCUCUGUCAUAAAGUUUGCAUACAUAAAAGGGUUCUUACUC